AGUGACUUGUAAAAACAAUGGUUGAAAUACUGGAGCUGUUGUAGACAGUUUGGCUUGGAUGCCUUUCAGCGGUUAUCAUGUCCCUGACAGUGCUGUCCAACCACAAGGAAGUAGAAAAUGUACUGAAUCCACAGUCAGUUGAAAACUGGGAGAUACAUUCAAAUCUUAAUCUGUCAAAACUAGUCUCAGUCCUCAAGAAAUUUGCUUUUCAUCUGGAAGAACUGAACCGGAAUAAUAUCUUGCAUCAUGAAAUAGUUCAACUUUCUCCCUUAUUUCUUAAGUUGUUUGGUGAUGAUUUUGUAAACCACUCCAGCAGAAAAGUGAAAGUGCUUGUUGCUGCAUGUAUUGCAUACUUGUUACCAGGAUGUAUUCAGAUGCUCACAUCUUCAGAUCAUUUUAUGGCUGUGCUGUCAUUUCUUGGCGAACAAUUGGACAUUCUACAUCACAGCGAAGCACCUGAAUUUGAACAUGCAUUCCAUAUCCUAGAAAUUUUGUAUAGUAUGGAAACAACAUAUAUUUCAUGUCUUUCAUCAGUACAAAAGAACUCAUUCUGCAAGUGGAUGUUGCAGAAAUGUUUCAGUUUGGCAAACAUUAAUGGUGAUGGAGCUUCAAAGCAGUUACACAGAUUGCUGCUGAAGAUCAGUCAGAAGCUUGUAACUUGCAUGAUAAAUGAAGGAAGUUUCUCAAAAGAAUGUCUUCACUACAUCCUUGUGGCUCUUUUGGAAGAGACUGAGCCUGAUAGCAGUGGCAGUUAUAACCUAGCAAAAGAAUUAUUAUUUGCCAAUAGACGCUACUUGGAAACGCAGAUACGGAAUGUUUUGGUGAAACGUCUACAUGAUGGUCCAAGUGAAGGUAGCACAUUAGUCAUGGACACCAAACCUUUUGAGAUUAUUUACAAAGUAUAUCACAUAGAUAGCAUGAUAAUGCUUGGAGUCAUUAACAGUUUAGAAUACUGCCUAUCUUCUUCUGAUGAAAGUGAAAGAAGAGAAGUGUUGGAGUUUCUGUGUUGUUUUUUCUCAGAACAGCAUUCAAGUGUUGCUUCAGACUAUAAGAAACUGUGGAAUGCUUUUCUUUUGAAGCUACGAGCUGAAGAAAUGGCUGGAGAUGUUGUGUGUAAGCACACAUACAAUUUUCUUGUGAAUCAUCCCGAACUAAGUUCGGAUUAUAAAUGUGUGCUCAAAAAAUUAAUUCGUACCAAAAGACCAAGUUUACGCAAGGAGCUGCUGUUCCAGAUAACAAAAGCAAUACUCCAUGAGAGCAGCUUAAUCUUGCAUGAUGAUCAGUUGCUGCAGUUAAUGGCAGAACGCAUAAGGACAGAUUUUGUCGAUGUACGUUUGUGUGCGCUGAGAUGUUUAGGACUGAUAUGCAGGAAAUACCCUGCUGCUGUCUGUCCUGUUCUCAAAGAAAGGAUUAUUUGGCUACACAAUUUUUUACUGGAACAUUACAUUAAUAGUAAUUCCUGCAAUAGUGAUAGGGCAACGAUAAAGCAGUUACUGUUUACUGCUAUGGUCCCAAAGGAUGUAGUUAAUGAAGAGAAGAUAAUAUUACUGCAGAAAAUUUGGUUGAAAAUGUCUGAAAAAGCCCGGAAAGCUUUUCAUGAAAUGGGAGAGAGAGAUUUCAGGUUGAGAAAAUGGACACUGAUGAUGGUUGAGCACAUUAAAACUGGUGAUGAUAAAACUGAAGAAAUUACCAAAUUCAUAAACAGAAUAUCAGGAGAGCUCUUGGAUGGAGGAAAAUCUGAAGGCUGUUUAAGAUAUCUAGUUGACAUUAUCCGAAAAGAUAAAAGGUGCCAGGAACUUAUAGAAGUAAUACUAAUGCCGUCUUCCACUCAGGAGGAACUCAAUUCUUCUAAGGACUCGUUAAGGAAAAGAGUAAGCUGGUGUGCCAAGAAAAAUGAAAUUGUGUGUUCUGUAUUGAACACCAUGCUUGUAAGACUGCAAACAUACUUCAUUGACACUGCUUCUGUAAACAUGCUGAUAAAAUGCAUUGCAGACGCAGUUUUUUCUGAAAAUGGGCUUGAUGCUGAGAUCUGCAGUAAAAUAAAGGAUUCAUUGCUCUUUGUACAGGAACUUGUGAAUUCUUGCCCACACACAAUCUUCAGUCAAGAGGCUCUUAACUCCUUAAUGUCAGUGAUAUAUGAAGAAAAUGGGCAAUUCUCAGAAAAUAUCCUGUUGAUAUUUAAGACUGCUGCAAAAUUUAGACCCAUUGGUGAGCUCUUCCACCAGCUAUUUGAAGAAAAGCUUUUAUAUCAUUGGCGGAGGUUUGUUCUGAAGGGAGACUUGCGACAGGCCAAAUUAGCUCUGCAGUGCAUAUUGAAACAUGCUGGAGCUGCUGUGGAUAAUGUUCCUAAAUUAGUGCUUGGAGAUCUGAAAAAGCAGCUUAGAAGUACUGACAGAAAAAAAUGUGUCAUAGCCAUGAAGUUGUCGGGUCACUUAACUUCCCUUUGGUGCUCUGAAGAGGCCGCACAUCUUAUAUCAUUACUAAAGUUGCCUGAAGUUAUCAGAUGCCAACCAGAAGAAGAUGAUUUUGCUGAAGCUUGGUGCGAAAGGAGUGCUCUUCCUUUCAGAACAUUGGCUAAGGUGGGAGAAUUGAAACAUCUGUUAUAA